CCAACUGAAACUUUGUCGAUGGCGGUUUUUGUAUUGUUUUUAUUUUAAUGUAACAUUAAGUUUUAAAUUGUUAACGGAAGUGUGAAAGUGUUUUGUUUUGUUUUUGUGUAAACAGUGUUCCAGAAUGUCUUUCAGCAAAGCUAAGCUCAUUCGUUUUAACGACAUCAAAGUAUGUGCUUUAUCGUCAUCGAAAGUGAACCAAAAAGAUAAUGCCAGUAAGCCCGGUGAACUAAUUCAUAGUCCUGCCACUUCGGAAAGUGGUUCGCUAACAGGUUCCGUGAAAAGUGCACCUGGAACCUUUAAAACCCCAACAUUGCCAAAGAAAACAAAGACUGUAAACUUUACAAAAAAAUCCAAACCAAAGCCGUUAUUUGUCGCCGAAAAUGAUCUCGAAGCGCUUAGAGAAAAAGUCGUCGAGUGCGAGAAUAAAACGAAAUACAUACAGGAGCUCACCGAGGAAGUGGAACAGCUCAAACAAGAGUUGCAAAAUGUAAGGCGAGAAAAGGAAUACUUGCAGAGUGUUCACCAGAAUGAAAUUCAAAGCAUAGAGUUUGAGAUGCUCAAAACGAUGACCAAAUUGCAGAAGACUGAGGAGGACUGUUCCAUAAAAAUGAAAGAAAUGGAAGAAAAGUUGCACAACGAAAUUGAUAACUUGAAUCACAUGCAAAAAAUAGAAUUGGAACGGGCGAAUUUGGAAUGCAAUGCAACAAUAAAAAGUUUGGUUAACGAGUGGGAGGGGAAAAUAAAACACACAAAAGAAGAGAUAGAAAACACUUGGAAGAAGAAACUGCUCAAUCAGGAAAUUGUAUCAACAGCCAUUUUGAAAGAAUGUCAGGCGAUAAGCGAGUACAACAUAAUACAGUGCGAGUUGGAAAAGAAGGAAGUUGAAAAAUCUUUGGAUGUUGUAACAAGGAAUUAUGAAGACUUGCAGAAACAAUGUCUAAAAUAUAGGGAGACGGAAAGUUGUUUUAUGGAACGUGAAGUCGAACUGAAGAAUAAAAUUGAAGAGCUAACAUCCAAACUAGAGGACAGAAAGAGAGAAAUGAAAAAUUUACAACGCGAAAUUAAAGCGUACCAAAUCACAAUUAACAACUCGCAAGUGACAAUCGAGGUGUUGAAAAAAAGGUUGAUGAAUUCUGACAAAGACGUUGAGCAGUUGAAGUCAGAGUUGGUAGAGUGUGAGGAAAAACUGUUGGAGUAUGAGUCCAAGUACUGGCAGGCGAAUAUGGAGCUAAAAGAAGCAAAAGAUACCAAUGAAGAAUUGGAAAUGCAGUACGAAUCGGCUAUAAAGCUAAAUGAGAGCUCUAUAGAGCAAAUCAAAGGGCAGCUGUUGGAGAAAGUAAGAGCUUAUGAAAAGGACGUGAGGAAAUACUCGGAAAGGAUCGAGGAAGAGCAAAGUUUUAAGGAGGAGAUUAUGCGUCAACUGAAUCACAAUUUUGACACCAUCAAGAAAAUCAACGACCAAAUAGGUAUGGUCGGGGAGACCUACGGUUCCCAAAUGAAAGAAAUUGAAAAUAAACUUUUGGAGUAUACGGAAAAGGAGAAGUGUUGGUUGAUGGGAAAGGAAGAAUUGACCCUUGCGAGAAACGAAUUAGCGAGCCGAGAGGAACAGAUAAAGGAGUUGACAGAUCAGGUGAAACAGUUGCAAGAAAAGUGGGAUGCUCUAGAGAAUAGUUGCCAUUUUUACAAGAAGAAGGCGGAAAACCUUGAGCUCGAGGCGGAGGAUUCGUUACAAAUGACGAGAAAGUACAUCGAUCUCAGCGGUAAAUACGACCUGCUCUUGCAGAAAUUCGAAAAUUUGGAGAGGGAAAACAGGGAGUGCAGGAUUAAAAUGGAAAUGAACGCCAAACAUUUGGACAGGACCCAGAAAUUAUAUGAGAAAGUUAAAAAGGAGAAAGAGUUGCUCGAAAUAGAGAACAGCACAUGGAGAACUAAGUUCGAUGAUUUGAAAUUAAAGAAGUACAAAAUAUCCGUAAAAGAUAAAGAGAACGUCGGAAGUCCAAACAGGUCGAUCAUAGAAAGUCCAAAUCGUGGAUCGCCAUUCAGGGAGCGCAAUUAAUUGUAUGUAAAUUUGGUAAUUUUAUUUAUUGUAAUCGUCAAGGCAGAAUUUAUAUUUACUAUUUUCUUUAUACAAGUAAUUUCUGUAUUUCAACUGCUGACAAGCAACAAUGGUGCCAAUGUAACUUGAUUUAUUCUUAAGGAUUAAUUUGAUUCAUUUAUAUGUUUAUUAGUUGCACUUUAUUCAUGUAGAGGAUUCAGUUUGGAGGUAAUCCGAUCUUUAUGCAAUGUGAAGUUUAUUUCCCUUAUUUUUACAUUUAAAAAAAAU